GAGAACCGGGCCCCAUCCCUAGAAGGGAGCCCAAUCCCGCCAAUCCCACAGGCCUGCGCUCCCUGGACAGGGCUGGAAAGCGGGCGCAAGCCGGGGAAAACGAGGAAAAGAUCAGCCAUGGGAGUCGGAGGGAGCAUCCAGAGCGAAAAGGGGACCUGAGGCAGGAGGAUGCCCGAAGCUGCAGGAUGAGCUCAAGGCGGGAUGGAGGCAGCCGCGGAGACGUUGACUGCUGCACCAGGAGGGUCUUACGAUGCAAGGUCUUAUGAAUUUCAAUUCUCCUGCCUCAGCCUCCUGAAUUACAGCUCCAGGCGACCCGGCUACCUAGGACCUCCUCCGAGCUGGGGUUUUCUCGGCACCCUGCCUCCAUCGCUCCUGCACCAAUAAAGCUGUAUCGACAGAGCGUAACACACACGCGCCGUUCUCGUACGCACAGCGGUCGGAAAACGGAAGCAGGCCACAGCCACCCGGAACCCGCCUCUCGAGAGCGGAAGCAUAGCCGGAAGCUGACCAUAGAAGGGAGUGGCUAGAGCGGCCCUGCCGGGAGGUGGCAGGAAAGGCUGGGAGAGACCGCCGGAGGUGACGGAGCGGCCGCCCCGCCCCGCGCGCUGGAAGACCCGGCUUCCAGGUAGCUGUCGGUCGCAGUCUGUCCCAGGGUACGACCCGGCCCUGGGCCCGGGCUGGCGCUCCCGGAGCUGCCUCUUUAAGGGAGGGGGUGGAGUCACGAGUGAGGUUCGUGGAGCUUCAAACAACUUGAGACCAGAGCCCAGCACCUCGGUGCAGCCAUGAGUGCGGAGGUGAAGGUGACAGGGCAGAACCAGGAGCAAUUUCUGCUCCUUGCCAAGUCGGCUAAGGGGGCAGCAUUGGCCACACUCAUCCACCAGGUGCUGGAGGCCCCUGGUGUCUACGUGUUUGGGGAGCUACUGGAUAUGCCCAAUGUUAGAGAGUUGGCAGAAAGUGACUUCGCCUCCACCUUCCGGCUGCUCACCGUGUUUGCCUACGGGACCUAUGCUGACUACUUAGCUGAAGCCAGGAAUCUUCCCCCACUUACUGAGGCUCAGAAGAAUAAGCUUCGACAUCUGUCAGUUGUUACUCUGGCUGCCAAAGUCAAGUGUAUCCCAUAUGCAGUGCUGCUGGAGGCCCUUGCCCUUCGUAACGUGCGCCAGCUGGAAGACCUUGUGAUCGAGGCUGUGUAUGCCGAUGUCCUGCGCGGCUCCCUGGACCAGCGCAAUCAGCGGCUAGAGGUUGACUACAGCAUUGGGCGGGACAUCCAGCGCCAGGACCUCAGUGCCAUUGCCAGAACCCUGCAGGAGUGGUGUGUGGGCUGUGAGGUUGUGCUGUCAGGCAUUGAGGAGCAAGUCAGCCGUGCCAACCAGCACAAGGAGCAGCAGCUGGGCCUGAAGCAGCAGAUCGAGAGCGAGGUUGCCAACCUUAAAAAAACCAUCAAAGUUACAACAGCAGCAGCUGCCGCAGCCACUUCUCAAGACCCUGAACAGCACCUGACAGAACUAAGAGAACCAGCCCCUGGCACCAACCAGCGCCAGCCCAGCAAGAAAGCCUCAAAGGGCAAGGGACUCCGAGGGAGCGCCAAGAUUUGGUCCAAGUCGAACUGAAAGGACUUGUUUCUUCCCUGGGAAUGUGGGGUCCCAGCUGCCUACCUGCCUACCCCUUAGGAGUCCUCAGAGAGCCUUCCUGUGCCCCUGGCCAGCUGAUAAUCCUAGUCCAUGACUUUUCAUCUCCUCCACCCCCAAGCAUAAGCCACACCUCCUAGGGGAGGAGGCCAGCACAGGUCACGCUCUGUUGGUACUGUGUAUGUGUUCCGUUGCCUCUCUCCCUGUCCCGCCUGCUCUCAUCCCUCUUCCCUCAGCACUGUUCCUGCCCACUACCCUGUCACUGAGCAGGCUGGCAGGCCUGUGGAGGGUGCUGCCCCUUCACCGCACAGGCAUUCUCUGCCACGCCUACCCCUGCAUGCCCGAUCUGCAGUUCCUCCUCGCUCCCCUUGCCUGUUGGGCUGCGUCUGAAAAGCCAUGGGGAAGGGCGGCUCCACUCUCACCCCAGCCUUAGAUCCUGGAGCCAGUCUGCCACUCUGGGAGUCGCUGGACAUUGCCGUCCCAGAGUCCCACCACACUACAGCUGUCUCUUGUCCUCCCUUAUCUCUCUGGGCCUGGGAAUACUGCUGCCUCAGUGACCCCAGAGCCUGAGAACAGCUAUUUUUGAGAUGUUAAGAAAUGGUUCUUUGUUAGCUAAUCAUUUUAGGAAGCCAAUGGAAAUCCUGGAAGGAUUUAUAUCUCCUCCUGUGGCUUUGGUGGGGAAGGAAAUAUAGAUUGUAUAUUAAAAAAAAAAGUAUAUAUGAAUAGGUCUAUAUAUAACAUGACACAGAAAUAAAUCUAUGCGAAAUCUAUGUACAAAAA